AACAGGCGCUGCACUGUUUCACUUGAUCCAUCACUCCGACAACAAACUCACUAAUGACCUCAACAACGUCCAGCACAGCGGAGAUGGUUACACAGGAUAAACUUCAGAUUGCUGUGGAGAAUGUGGAAGAUAAAAACUCAGGAGGUUUGGGAUGUUUCGGCUGGCUGUUGGUCCUCAUAUCCCUCCUCUUUGUUACAGCAACCUUCCCAAUCACAUUAUUCAUGUGUGUUAAGAUAGUGAAGGAGUACGAGCGAGCCGUCAUUUUCCGACUCGGACGGAUCACAGACAGGAAACCUAAAGGGCCAGGUCUGUUCUUUGUUCUACCCUGCACUGAUACUUUUGUGAAGGUUGAUCUGAGAACUGUGUCUUUUGACAUCCCCCCACAAGAGAUCCUCACCAGAGACUCAGUGACAGUGUCCGUGGACGGCGUGGUGUACUUCCGCAUACACUGCCCCAUCUCCUCUGUGGCCAAUGUGAGCAACGCACACUCAUCCACACGGCUGCUGGCUCAGACCACCCUGAGGAAUGUACUUGGGACCAAAAACCUGGCAGAACUGUUAUCUGACAGAGAGGGCAUAUCACUCAGUAUGCAGGGAUCUCUGGAUGAUGCCACUGACCCGUGGGGUAUCAAGGUGGAGCGAGUGGAGAUCAAGGAUGUGAAGCUGCCUCAGCAGCUGCAGAGAGCCAUGGCAGCCGAGGCAGAAGCCACUCGGGAGGCCAGGGCCAAGAUCAUUUCUGCAGAGGGAGAGAUGAACGCUUCCAGGGCUCUGAAAGAAGCCUCCCUGAUAAUCGCUGAGUCACCCUCUGGUCUCCAGCUGCGAUACCUGCAGACCCUCAACACCAUCGCAGCGGAGAGGAACUCCACCAUCAUCUUCCCUGUGCCCAUAGAUAUGCUGCAGAACUUCAUGAAGAAGUAAUAUUUAUAUUAUUACUAUAUAGUUAUUUUGACUGUUAUAAGCUUUAGUGGUAUCUCUUUCAGAUACUGUACGCUUCGUUAUUACUUCUUAUUGAAAUGUUCCCUUUAAGAUUGGCAAAAUAUAGAAAAGAACGUCAUGCAAUCAAAGAUGUAUCCACACUGGAAAUAACUUUUGAACAAAUGAUGUUCUUAUCGUGAUUUAAUACUUAAAUACAAAGUGCAACAUAUACAGUGUAGACACACAUUUCUCAUCACUAACCACAAUAUUUUAACCAGCUAAACUACAGUUGCGGUUCUGAAGGAGGUCAAAUAAAUAAAUAAAUAAAUAAAACAAAAGCACAAGAAAAGUAAAACAAAGAACAAUGCACAACGACCUUAUAAAGACAUGCUUUCAUAUAAACCAGAGCCUCAGUUUCUGAUAUACUGAAUACAAUCUUAACCGUAAACAAUCAACAGAAGUACCCACAUCCACGUGAAACACCAACUUUUCUAAUAUUGGAUGUAAACUGUAAACAAAACCUCAUAUCUAGUGUCAAACAAACAGUCAGUAAAUGAGUAAAAGGUCAUGUCCACGGGACACAGAGGCGAUCAGUGCAAUCGGAGAACCUGAUGGAGAGGAAGGCCAUUUCCACUCCACAGAACACAGUAAAGUUAAAUCUAUAUCUGCCUUGCUGCUCAUACAUAACACAACUCACCUGCAAACAUAUCACUGCUUGAUCAUAUUUCCACAUGUUGGGGGCCUAGGGGAUCUGAUUUUUGUAUUAUAUUAUAGUAUUAAAGCAACAUUUCUUCAAUGUAUUUGUACAUAUUUGCUGAUUGCACUUUGCUCUUUAACAUAUGUAUACAUAUUCUGUACAUUUCAAAUCAUAUCAUUCAAUGGAUUUCCUGCAAAACAGACAUUUGAGCUGGGUGAUUAUGUAAACAUGAGCAAAAAUAAAAAUGGGAUUAAU